CGGGGAGCAUUGCGAGCUCUGGCUAUGGACAGACUUGGACUCUGAAUGACAACUGACUCACUUUUCUAUACUUACCUGUCUUUUUCAUGUCACCUGGAAAUAGACACAAAGUUACACCAGAUCCUCACUUAAACUCUUAAUAGUUGUCUACUUCAUUAGCUACCAUAUUUCCUGUUGACACUAAACGAAUUACAAAUAUUUUUAACAAGAAAGACAAGAAGUAAAACAAAAUCAUGAUCCAAAACUGUUACGAAACUUAGUCUUGUGAAAGACACACACUAGUAUAUAAAAGAGACUUAAGCAAACUCUUUAUAAUUACCUAUCUUUAUAAUAGUAAAUUAAAGACUUUAUUUAAUACUGUUAAUGGCAUUGAUACUUAGAUAGUAAAAAUGAAAAAGAAUGCGACAAAAAUGAACAAAAGAAAAAAUAAAAUAUUUAUCUUAUAUCUUAUAACGAUUUUAUCCAACCAGUAAUAUUCUCACAAUGUAUUUCAGUAUUGCUGUGUAUCAUUAAGAUUGUUCGUUUGGCUUACCACAGCCGCUACCUGUCCACGUGACAGGCCGUGAACACGGAGGCACUAGUCCGGGGGUUACUUGUUACCCUUGUGAUGUCGACCUCUUACGGUGCAUGGCUAAGUAAAUAAAAGUGUGUAGCAAAACUGGAAGGGCGUUCAUUAAUCAGGAGUUGGAAUGAAGCUGCACACAGAAGAAAAUUAAAAUGGUGGGACUCUAAUACAAAUUUAUCCAAGUAGUAAUAAAUUUGUAAAUGUAGAGAAAAUAAUAUUCUUCACUACAAAAAUCUAUUGGCUAUGUAGCACAAACACUAUCCUUAAUAAAUAAAAACUUUUGUACAGUUCAAUGCAGUCAUAUAUAAGACCACUAAUUAAGACCCUUCUUAUUAGGGUGUAAGAGAUGAAAGCCUCUCCCUUCUACACCUCUAAAAUGAUAUUGUAGUGUAGGGAAAUCUCUCCUGACUACAGAAAUUACUUUGCACUAGCGACGAAUAUGUUAAUGUAAUUCUUAGCAUUAUUCAAAGAGAUGUUAGGCAUGUGAAUUGCACAUCAGCUCCAUUAGUCAUUAUUAUAUUUGAGGGCGGCUUCUAAAAAGCAUAAACUAUUCCUACAUCAAAAAUUAAGCUUGCCUCUUCUUAAUUGUAUUCUCUCUACUUUCAUCUACUUUAAAAAAAUGUAUGGGGUGAGAAAACUAAAAUCUGGGUGAUUAACAGAGGCGAAAAGUACAUGAAAAUCUAUGCAGUUCAACCCACACAUUUUUUCAACUGAUCAGCUACUAAAAAAAAAAAAAUCUGCAUGUACACAAACAUGUUUGCGACAAUAACUCGCAUUUACACACCGGUAAUUCAAACGGUUCUCUCCAUUUAGCUGAAUUAUUCAGAGUGCACUUUUAUUUUCUUCUAAGCUGUAUGAAGGGUGUGUGAGCCAGAUAAAUGUUACAUAAUAUCUGUAAAGUACAGUUGAACUCUCACGACUUAUUAGAAGGAUGAUAAAGUUAAGGGAGACAUUGAAUGAAGCACCAUGACUGUAACUUGCUAAUAGUGCGAGGUCACAGCACUCAAACCCUCAAACAAACAUGUCUUACAACUGUGUCAGAUGAGUAAGGAAUUUUUUCUUCGCUGUUAUUAUCUACCUAUAUGUAUAAUGUUUACAUAAAGCACAAUGACUCCAUGGUAGGUAGAUACUUUACACUAUCUCUAGAGCUGUAGUAAGUCAAAGGUCAUAAGUCCCCCCUUCUGUCUUCGUGUCUUCACACUUCUUGUUUUCUUUCUGUAAAUUGUUACUACACAGCUUUUGUGGGAUCAAGAAAAUAAAUCUCAUUUAUUUUUUAAGUUAACUUAGGUAUAUGUUUCUAUGAAUAGAAUUUUUCAUGCAUAAAAUUUACACUUACAAAAAUUUGAUACGUUUUGCAACAUACAGUAGAAAUGUUUACUAUUUUCUUUGAGCACUUUGCAACAAGAAAAAUAAUACAACUCGAAAUGGCAUUAUUUGUAUUUUAAAAUACCGAAAAAUAUUAUUACAACAGUCGAAGAGCGAUUUGUUUGAUUUAUGGGUAGUGUUUCAAUAAUAUUGGCUAUGAUGACUCUGCCAUACUGAAAAGUUUUUCGUCAAGGUCUUCAGGAAUAAACAAAGUCAUAAACAUAGUAUUUGUCAACAAAGCACAAUAAUGAGACGAGGAGAUAUAAGACUGCGGCAUGAAGGAGAGAAUCAUGGGUCAGAGGAGAGUCAGAUUUGUUGUUUACCACAAUGUCAUGCAUGUAAAAUGUAAAUGUGCGACUGUCAAGAAGAAAGAGGUAUAUGAAUUCACUCCAUGAGCACUGACUUAACAGUCGAAGAAUUAGUUUGCUAGUGUACCAGUCGGUGUUUUUGAAGACGUUUGUUGACUGUUAAGAAGUAAAUCAAAAAAAAAAAAAAAAAAGGAAAAUGUUUGGAUUGUCUGCUGACGACACAGUAACGUCUCGAUUACGUUACUGGAGUGUGACGUCGCCAGAGACGCUGGCGUUUGUCUACGUCACUCCUGACGGCCAGCGGUUUGCUUACACAAGGAAGGAGCUGUUCUCUAUGUCACAAAGAGCAGCCAGUUGGCUUUCUAAGCGAAACGUGUGCAAAAGUGACGUCGUUCUUUGUCUCGUUCCGACAUCGCCGGAGCAAGCGUUCAUCGCACUGGGCACGGCGUUGCUAGGGGCGACAGUGAUGUGUGCAAACAUGCAGUACAGAGACGGAUCCGACAUUUCGCCCUUGAUGAAAACCGGUGACGUCACGGCCGUGGUUGUGGACGAGACAGAUCAACAAGCCAUCGCCGCCCUACAGACCUUCAUCCCCAACUUGUCUGCUCCAUCGGUCAUCAGUGAAGCCGUUCCGUCGUUGAAAUCUGUUAUCUUCUGUAAUCGCUUCUCACAGUUGUCCUUCUUGGUAGCUGUAGCUGCUGAGGAAGAAGGAGACCUUGCUGACGUCAGUCCUGAUGAUGUCACGACGAUUUUCGCGACCUCUGGUAGCUCCGGGCAACCGAAAUUAGUGGCCAGAACCCACAGGGAGGUAAUGACUAUGGCGCUAGGUUAUUACCAAUGUAGCCUCCAGACACAUUUAAGUCUCAAGACGGAUGUCAACUACAACCCCAGUUCAUUUGGUUGGGUGACUGGAUAUCCUUUUGUGUAUCUAACGAGCGGGCAGACGAGGGUAGUUCCUUACAUCAAAGGAGCUCCGCCAGACGAUGAAGCCAAGUACACUAUGGACUUAAUGAAGAGAGAGGGCGUUGUUAGCUCGUUUUUAUUACCGCAAACAAUGAAGACGUUACUGGCACGCGCUGACCUCUUGCACUGUGACGUCACGUGGUGUUUGGACUUGAUCGUAACUGGAGGCACUGCGAUCAGAACAGAUAUUGCCCGCGUCAUAGGAACUUUGACUGCCAGGCUUGUAGUCGUUUAUGGAAGCACUGAAGUAGGGAUCGUGACAUACAAAACCUACGACGAUCCCGUAGAGGUCGUGAAUUUUAAAUGCGGGAGGCCUGUAGACGGAAUGGCAGUGAAAAUUGUUGACAACAAUCUAAAAGAAGUUCCUCCAAACACCAAAGGGGAGGUAAUGAUCAAGCACAACGGUCUUUUCACCGGGUACCUCAAGAACCCAGAUCUCACAGCAGACGCCACACCAGAAGACGGGUGGUUCAGACCUCGAGACCUUGCUUACAUCAACAACGAAGGUGACCUCUUUGUUGAGGGGAGACAAUCGGAGGUCAUUUCCAUAGGCAGCUGGAUGAUGUACCCACAGCUGCUGGAGUCCCUUCUCAUGAAGUGUCCGGGAGUGCAUGACGUGGCUGUGGUGGCUAUCCCGGACAAGGACUUCGAGAACAUUCCGUGUGUGUGCGUCGUGCAGGACUCAAGACCGGAAGCCCCGCUUCUAGUGCCUGAAGACCUCCUUCGCGCAUGCGCCGAAUAUUUUCAGGACAGUUUUGUCCAGGGGAACAAGCAGGGAGAACUAAGUGUUCCUAAGGUGUGUCUGGUGUUUGACAAGUUUCCUCUCAAUCCCAAUGGAAAGGUGCAGCGGCGAGCAUUGCGAGCUCUGGCUGUGGAGAGACUCGGGCUCUGAAUGACAACUGACUCACCCUUCUAUCACUGUAUUUUUCAUGUCACCUGGAAAUAGACACUAUGUUACACCAGAUACUCACUAAAACUCUUUAUAAUUCUCUAUUUUAUUAGCUACCAUAUUUCCUGUUGACACUAAACUAAUAACAAAAAAUUUUUACAAGAAAGAAAAGAAAGAGAAGAAGUAAAACAAAAUCAUGAUAAAUAAGAAAAAAAAGGCAACAAAAAUGAAAAAAAGAAAAAAUAAAAUAUUUAUCUUAUAUCUCAUAAAGAUUUUAUCAAACCAGUCUAUUUUGCGAGCGAAAGUGUGCUUUUGUAGCAAUAUUUAAUAAAGGAAAACCUUAAAGUUGAGAACAGAUUUGAUGAAAACAGCACAAAACAAACACUAGAUUGUUAAAUCUGUUCAGAAUUAUUUUUGAAUGUAGACUACCCGACACACAUUCAUAUAGGUACCCAUAGGUUACCCUGAUAAUGUCGACCUCUUACGGUGCAUGGUGAAGUUAAUAAAAGUGUGUAACAAAAAUG